GAAUUACGAUGUUGGAAAUAUUCGAGGAAUGUCAAAUGAAUGUCUUGAGUCAUCCACGGCUUUUGCUACGGCUUAAGAAUCUGUAUUCAAAGUCUCGAUUCGGUCACUUUUGCGACGAAUUCCUCGAGCUUUGUCGCUACAGCUUAGUUAGUGGUGAUCGGACACCGUAUCGGGAACGGACGAUUGAUUUUAUCACGAAGUUUGCCCUCUUCUGUGGGAAGUCGGACAACGAUGGGCCAGUGGACACGCUGAACAACCGUCUGUUACUGCGUUUGUUCGUAUUCUGUAUGAGAUACAACGAAUGCCCCAACCCUGCUGUUCGUUUUCGCUGUGUGCAAAUCAUUCACAAACUGCUUGAGGGUAUUGGCGAAAAUGGAGUGAUACCAGAUGAGUUGUAUCAAGGUCUGCAAGACAUUCUGUUGCGUCGUGUCCAAGAUGUCAAGUCGGUCGUCCGAGUUCAAGCCAUUCAGGCUCUUUCACGCAUGCAAGAUCCUACCACAACUGACUGUCCUGCUGUGGAAUCAUUCAUUUGGCUGUCUCGUCACGACCCGACUACAGAGGUACGCCGAGCGGCGUUGGCAGCCAUGGUUCUAACUACGAAAACUCUACCAAGUCUGAUUGAACGGUGCCGUGAUGUCUCGGAUACGGUACGCCGCACUGCCUACAAAAUUCUCACCGAUCGCAAUGUGCUCCGGCCUUUAUCGAUUGCGAAGCGUAUUCGCAUUUUGCAAGACGGGUUGUCCGAUCGUUCGGCCGACGUCAGACUAGCCGCCCAAGAAUUGGUGCUAGCCUGGUUCCGAUCUUCCGAUUCCAAUCCGAUCAAGUUGCUCCAUCGUUUAGACACUGAAGGUGUGCCGGAAACAAGUCAGUUAUUACUGGACACUUUGUUUACCACCCUACCCGAGGCGGACUUUAACGCUAUGGUUCGUACCUGGGCGGCGAACUAUCUAUCUGAGCAACGAACAAUCAAACCAGAAAUGCUGACACCCGACGCCGCAUUUUUUUGGCGGGCUUUGGCAGAAUACCUUAAUAAAAGACGAGAAAAUCAACCUAAAGGAAAUCCACAUCCAACGAAUGAUGUCAUUGCUGACGACGAAGAAUCUGAGACAAACACUGGGGCAGUUUCGCCAGAACUGAUCAUUCCUUCGGCGAGUUCCUAUGUGGAUAUGACGAAAAUACUGAUUGAUCAGCUAGUACAAAUGGUGUUAGCCGAAGAGUUUGACGAGAAAGCGAUGGAACAAGAGUGCAUUGUGGAACAUGUGCUUCGCCUUGCCCUGUCCUUAGACCUCAGUGACGAGUUUGGUCGGCGCAGACUUGUGACACUUAUUCAUGAAUGGAUCACUAGUCCCGUGGUCCCGAGCACACUGUCCACUCAUCUACUCAAGGUUCACGCGUUACUGGAGCCCAAUUUGAGUGGUCUGGAUCAGUUGAACGUCCCGACACCAGCAAAACUCUACUCACCAAUUUCACCAAGAUCACGUGCAGUUAAUGAACGGAUGGUGGAUAGCUAUAUAAAUUUGUCUUGUCGUCGAUUCAGUGUUUGUGGUUCACUUUGUUUUGCAUACGCCCUUUUCUGGUCACUCCGUAUUCAGCGUAAACGAGUCAACAACGUUAUUGAGAUGAUCAGCGAAUUGUGUGACCCGGUUGAGCCUCAGGCACAUAUCAACUCAGCAUCUGAGGCACCACCCUGCAAGACUCAAGCGGAAGGCGGUUCGCAGCAAAAGGACACCAGGCCGGUGGAACUUCAACCCACACUCAGCAAAGAUGUCGAACGGGACAUCCGGUUAAAGAUAGCCAAACUGGAAGUCCAGUUGAACGAAGUAAACGAGUCUCUACACGAAUGUGUCCGACGAAAGGAGUUUGAGAGAGCCAUGGGGUUGCGAGAUCAGUGUGCUCAACUGGAAAGCGAAAGAUCGGCCCUGCUUGGCCAGCUUCAUGGGGAGAAUAUUAAGCCUGCACAAGAAACUCCCAAUAACCAGACGAAACCCGAUGCAAAAGGUGAACACUCAAACUCAGAAGCUGCCACGGAAGUUAAACCCGGUGCACCGGAGUUGGAGGAUGACGAAGAUGGAGAAGAGAAAGCCGCGGAGGACGGACUACACAAUCUCCUUGAGCGGUGUUCAGCUGCAGUGUUACAAAAAGCGAACCGUCUUGCUGCUUUGGUCGUACAACAAGCUCCCACACUUUGGAGGCUCCCAGCUUCACUGCGCUCACUGCUAGACAGCUUGUAUGGUUUCUUCAUCUUCACAUGUUUGGUUUGCGGCUACGUCACAUCCUCUUUGAGAUUUCGCCAACUCACCGUUUGUCCCAUUCCCCAGGCAAUGCGCGUUGACCAUGUGAUGAUCAGCGAAACUGCCUUGAAGUGCAUAAUCGAUUGCUACCUCAUCUAUGGUUUUCGGCCGUUCCAUGAUGCCAAGGUGCGGCCGUACGCGCGUAUCACGACUUCAAAAGAUGCGAGUAUACUGCUCAGCGAGGUUGGUGAAGGCACCGAUUCAGAUGGCGAUGAUGAUAACAGUUGCGUUGCGUCUGACUACAUUGUCCUCAUGCGACAGAAUGACCAAAUUGCUGACGGCGCACAAGUUACACUUUCUAACAGACUAGUCCGACGCGAAGAAAUGUCGAAAACUGCAGCACGUCUACUCAAACCGAUUGUCGCAUUGCUGGAUAACGAGGACGAUGAUCUGCGAACGACCAGUGCUUUGGGUCUAGCAAAAUUGCUUAUCUACGAUAGAUUCGUCUCCAGCCAAGUGCUUAGUCAACUUAUCCUGUUGUGGUUCAACCCGAUCAGUGAAGAUCGCCCGGCUAUCCGACGUGGUCUGGCCUGUUUUUUUACGGAUUACGCAUGCGGCAACACAGCAAAUUCAACGGGUAGCAGCGCUAGUCACGAUAUUCACCAAGCGGCCUUGACCGAUGCCGUUCUUCCGACCCUCUCAUCCUUAAUCCGUGCACCUGCCUCGUCCCCGCUUUCCGAAGUUGAACCGGCUGAUGUCGCAGCCCUAUUGGCUCACUUGACCGAUACUAUCCAGCUGAAGAGUGCUCAAGACACACAACCACGGGUGCAGAAGAAGCAGCAACCCGUGGAUAUGGCGGAUCAAGAGCAUUUGGAAGGCGAGCAACCGGCUCUUGAAACUGAACAGCUGAUGCCAAACGAGUUGAGCCUGAACAAUCCUCAUCACGAUCGCCUGGCCUUGACGCUCGCAAGUGAAAUCUUGAAAGCACCGCAAUCAGCGGAGGCAAAGUUAUACUUGCGCAUGUUAUCCCAGCUUCACCCCUCCCCAAAAAAUGUGGAAUUGCAUGUUGAACUGCUCCUGUUGAGCGAAGCAAUGUUCAAAUUUGCUGACAGAUCAUCCACCUUAUUACUCCAUCGGUUUCGCAAACAAGUUUGCCAGAGUUUAGAGCAACUUGGUUUAGAUCCGGAAAAGGUAUUAAUUGAGGCCAAAAAAGCCAAAGCGGCCGAAGCUGGUAGCCAACAGACCAGGGAAGAUCAUGAAAACAGUGCGUCGGAUUCGUCUAACAGUAUUCGGGAUUUGGACACUACUGUGUUAAACGAUGCACACAAGCGAAUCGAUCCUAACCACCCAACAUUGUUGGGUUCCGCUCGCCCAAAUACACACUUGUUGGCUAACGCGAACACUGCACAUGAGGGUGGACCCACUCAGCGCCUCGCCGCAUCCUCCUUGAUCACUCAGAGUCAGCUUGGUCGUACGUUGCUUGGCGUGUCUGUACUAGAAAAGUCCAGAUAUCACGGCACCUUGUUGGAUUUCUCCGAAUCAGACGAGUCCGACGUUGUGUCCCCAUUGGCUGAGCUGGCAGAAGAGCCUGCUAAACCGACCUCGAUCUCCACGACCACAACUGUCAGAACAAAAAACCACAAACCCACGAGGCGUGUACGCAUUCAGCCACAGAAGUCCCAAAGGAUGACUCGUGGCAGUUCCUCCUCCGCUGGAAGCGAAUAUCACGAUUUGGAACAACACGAAGAAAUAGGCGGCGAUGAAGAGAAGGACAAAGAGAACACUCUUGCUGUGACUCCCCUCCAAAACCGCAGACUUUCUGCGGAGCCGCCCGAUUCGCAGUCACGCGUAUCGACGUCUGUAGACAAUGGACAGAUGCGCGCUCCUAACGUCAUUCCGAAGCCAGGGCGAAACACCCAGUCCAAGCGUCGCUCCCCUCAAUCGUUAACACGCAAUGCGAGAGAUUCCUCAACCAUGGCAGCAUCACCCACUCCAAUUCAAUCCGCAAACACUCGUCGGAACGUGCGCAGAAAGUGACACUUGAUAAACUUGUUCUCUCAACGUUCUUAUCAGAUUGCGCUUGAUGUAUUUUUGUGAAUCCUUUGUGAAUGAUAUUGAUGUAAUCGAUUGUUCUAGUAUUGUAAUUUUUUCAAACCAAGUGUCACUUUCAGUCGAGCGGCGGACCAGCAACUGU